AUGGCAAAACUCCCGAUAGUUGGCCGCAGUGUGCAUAGUAAGAAACCCAACGAGAGCAUGAGGCUUGUCGUCGUGACCAUCAUCGGGGUGGUCUUUGGUUUCUUCAUCGGGAUCUCCUUCCCAACAGUCAGCAUAACAAAGCUUCACUUCCCUUCUAGCAUUGUUUCCUACAUAGAGGACAAGAACUCUGGACUCUCAGCUCAGGCUAUACUGAACCAUGCCUGGAUUUCUGCUAGAAACGCAAGGGGAAAUACUUCUGAAUCUAGUUCAAACACUACCAUGAAGAUAUAUGUACCAACAAACCCCAGGGGCGCGGAGAUGCUAGCACCUGGCAUCAUUGCAUCAGAGUCUGAUUUCAAUGCUCACAGACUAUGGGGAGACCCGGCUGAGGACCUACCCUUCAAGCCAAAGUACCUUGUUACUUUUACUGUUGGAAUUGCACAGAAGGACAACAUAAAUAGAGCAGUCCAGAAGUUUUCUGAUGACUUUGCUAUCCUGUUAUUUCACUAUGAUGGCCAUGUGACUGAAUGGGAGGAAUUUGAGUGGUCAAAACGAGCGAUUCAUGUUAGUGUUCUGAAACAAGCGAAAUGGUGGUAUGCUAAAAGAUUCUUGCAUCCUGAUAUCGUGGCACCUUAUGAGUACAUAUUUAUCUGGGAUGAAGACCUUGGAGUCGAUCAUUUCAAUGGAGAGGAGUAUAUCAAACUUGUCAAGAAAUAUCAGCUGGAAAUCUCACAACCUGGUUUGGAGCCAGAUAAGGGAUUAACAUGGCAGAUGACCAAAAGAAGAGGGGAUCGUGAGGUCCACAAGGAUACUGAGGAGAGGCCAGGCUGGUGCACGGAUCCUCAUCUUCCACCAUGCGCUGCUUUUGUUGAAAUUAUGGCUCCGGUCUUCUCCAGAGAUGCAUGGAGAUGUGUAUGGCAUAUGAUUCAGAAUGACUUGGUUCAUGGAUGGGGUCUGGAUUUUGCUCUGAGGAAAUGUGUGGAGCCUGCUCAUGAGAAAAUCGGUGUCGUCGACUCCCAGUGGAUCGUACACCAAGUGGUUCCUUCUCUUGGGAACCAGGGACAGGCGGAGAACGGGAAGGCGCCAUGGGAAGGGGUGCGGGAGCGCUGCCGAAAAGAGUGGGGGAUCUUCCAGACGAGGAUCGCGGAGGCCGACAAGGCGUAUUACGAGAUGAUGGGCGUUACCCCUCCCAACGUAACAUUUGUCCACUAG